CAGGCAACACCUAGUGAGGAGAUGGAAAAGGGAAAUACAACAUUGCUGACAGAAUUUGUUCUCACAGGACUUACAUAUCAACCAGAGUGGCAAAUCCCCCUGUUCCUGCUGUUCUUGAUUAUAUACCUCAUCACCCUCAUGGGAAACCUUGGUCUGAUUGCUCUCAUCUGCAAUGACCCUCACCUUCACAUCCCCAUGUACUUAUUCCUUGGGAAUUUGGCCUUUGUUGAUGCUUGGUUAUCAUCCACAGUGACCCCCAAGAUGCUGGUCAACUUCUUUACCAAGAACAAAAUGAUCUCUUUCACUGAAUGCCAAGUACAAUUUUUUUCCUUUGCAGUCUGUAUAACCACAGAAUGUUUUUUGCUGGCAACAAUGGCAUAUGAUCGCUAUGUGGCCAUAUGCAAACCAUUACUGUAUCCAGUAAUUAUGAACAAUAGACUAUGCAUUUGGCUGUUAAUUUGGUCAUUUUUAGGUGGCCUUUUCCAUGCCAUAAUUCAUAAUGCUUUUUUAUUCAGAUUAACCUUCUGUAAUUCCAUCAUAAUACAUCAAUUUUACUGUGACCUCAUACCAUUGUUUAAGAUUUCCUGUACUGAUCCAUCCAUUAAUUUUUUGAUGGUAUUUAUUUUCUCUGGGUCAAUACAGGUGUUUACCAUUUUAGUUGUUCUUGUCUCUUACACACUUGUCCUCUUUACAAUAUUAAAAAAGAAGUCCAUGCAAGGCAUAAAGAAGGCCUUCUCCACCUGUGGAGCCCACCUCCUAUCUGUCUCUUUAUACUAUGGGCCUCUUCUCUUCAUGUAUGUGCGCCCAGCAUCUUUACAAGCAGAUUCUCAAGAUAUGGUAGACUCUAUAUUUUACAGCAUCAUAAUUCCUGUAUUAAAUCCAGUUAUCUAUAGCUUGAGAAAUAAGAAAGUUAUAGAUUCAUUAACAAAAAUGUUGAAGAGAAAUGCUUAG